AUGCCCCCACAGAAGAAGUACGUGUGUGCCUUCUGUGCACGUGCCUUCACCCGGUCCGAACACAAGCAACGCCACGAACGCUCCCACACUAACGAAAAACCCUUCCACUGUCUUUAUUGCACUUCAGCUUUUGUCAGAAGAGAUCUCCUCCAGAGACACUGCAGAACUGUCCACAACAUAAAGCUUGUGCUGAGAUCCAAACGCGAUAAGAGAGCUCUCUCAGACGGCUCGAUCCAGCCAGAUAGCGAAGGCAACUUGCACCCCGUCAAUGUGAAUGCUUCAAGCUCUUCCGCUGCUAGUGCUACUCUCACGGCCACUCCAGAUCAGCACCCUCCUAAUGUGCCAGGCCCAGGCCCAGGCCCAGCGUCAGGCCCAGCGCAAGCACCAGCCCACGGUUCGAAUCCCGCACACGCCUCCAACAACCACAACUCCUCCUUCCCUCCUCCUUUGGCGCCUCCCUUGGCCCAUAUUCCCUCAAAUACGCUAGCAGAGCCCCUUUCUCCCCGGGGCCACAGAUCGCCUCCAGCACACCCUUUCCAGCACCCCGUUUCCAACCCACAAGUGCCCCUGGCAGUCGUUCUUCUGCCCAACUCAUCGGCUCCUCUUGCCCUGCUACGGCUCCUGGCCCACCUUCCGUCACAGGAUCCACUCCACCUUCUCUCGAUUUCGAAAAACUUAUCUCACAUUUGCGAUUCUCAGGAUUUGCAGUACCCUGUGAACGAGUUGUUUCUUGUGGGCCACUCGGUGCUUUCGGCUGAGCCAUAUACCGUUUUCCCCAAUUCGCUAGCGGCGUUGGUGGACCAGCUCCAUUCACAUUUGUCGGGUUCGACACUCUCCGAGUUCCGUUUGGGCCAGGUUUACUCAGUGCUUGCAGUUGGAGCGCUCUCGAAGCCUCUGAGAGCGUACGACCUGGAAGAAUUGGCUACCACCUUCAUCAACAAGUCGUGGAACAUCGUGGUGGACAAGUUGAACUCGGCGCAUUCUCUGGUGCACGCCCAGUGUGACGUGCUCAAGAACUUGUUCUUGCUCACGUAUAUUUAUCUUCGUUAUUUCAAUAACGAUCUCAUGGUGUCGUACUUGGAGGACUCGGCUCACUUCAUUUUGCUGAACCUUUCGUCGUCCCCAGAGUACGCAGAGCUCAUUGAUUUCAACAUCGAGGUGUUUUGGUCCAUCUACGUCUUGGUGUCGAAAUACAAGGCCAACGAGGCUCCUCCAAAGUUCUACUCGUGGUUUAUGGCUUCGAAAUUGCAGAAGGGGUCUCCCAUCACUUUGGCGCUGGCGGCAAAGACUUAUGCAAAACAGACUCUUCCCCUCGAGGACCCCUUUUUGCUUGAAGUCAUCAUCUGUACCCUCUCCAAUGAGGUGAACAAUCUCAUUUUCAACAAGGUCUUGUGGCUCUACGACUCUCUUCAAUCCUUGCAUAACGCCAUAGUCUUGGCCAACAAGUCAAUGGCGAUGUCGUUGUCUCCGCCUGCUCGAGGCACUCUGGACAUAUUCAGCAUUUUCAGAACAAAACUCAUUUUGGGUGCUUCGCCAAAGUACGAGGAGCUUUUGCAAACGCACCUCUUCAAGAUCACCAAACCUUACCAUUGGAACAUGCUUCUCCUCACGUUGAGAGAAUUCAAUGCUCCAUUCAGCUUCAACAACUUUAUGCGUGAGAACUUGAUGCUGUCUUUCCAAAACUUCGGCAACAGCUUGUUGGGCUUCUUCACUUACGAGUCCCUGAGUUUCCCUACUUCUCGUGCUCAGAGCCCAAACCCUGAAUUGAACAACAACCUCGGCAUUGUCAGCUUCCCGUUGAUUUUCCAGUGCAACUUCCUCAGCCUUAACAACACCGACCCUCCAUUCAGGCCCAGCGAUCUCAGCAUCGUGGAUCUUGCCAACUUGAACAACUUGAUCUUGGAAUGGUACAUCACCAUUGUUAAGGUAUUGGUCAAUCUCAUCACCAAAAGCUCGCAGACAGAGGCAGAGGAAAUUGUCAGAAACAGCACGAUUCUUUCGUGCUUGUUCUACAUGAUCAAUAGCAAUUGCUCCUCUACUCCAGCGUUUGCAUCAACAGAGUUUUAUUUGCAAGUUUUCGAGGAGCUCACGAGAAUCUGUGACACCUGGUUCAAUUUCAUCAAUCAGACAGCCAAUUUGCGUAAUUUGAGAAUAAACUUGAACCGCUUCCUCAACGACUUAGUGGUUCUUGCCUUGAACAACGACAAUAUGUCGCUUGGCGACUUGUACGUUGCAAACGAGUCCAUCCUCAUCAAGAACAAAAGGUCAAAGUCCAUUGGAUCGAUCGACAUGAGCUCCACACCGUCUACUAGAUCAUCUCUUUCUACUACCAUACCCACUACCAACCGAGGAGUUUCAAACAACUACGUCUUGAAGCCAGAUAAUGAAGCAGGGUCUCCACAGCAAUAUUAUUCCACGCAAAUUCCGGCACCGUCACUGCUUGCACCCCUCCAGGGGGUUACCAAGCUCAACUUUCUGUCUCCAGUGGGUCCUGGAGCACAGAGCCUGAUGGCACAACCCAUGAGGUCUCCCCCGGUGCAUCAUCCUCCAAGCACAUAUGUGUUGCCACCAAUUUAUGCCGCCGUCAAGGAUCUUGGUAAGCCUGGUGACUCUAUGAAGUAA